AUGAGUGAUAACGUAAGCGAAAAGGCUCAAGAAUGCAUCAUUCAAGUUGUGGGAGACUUCGCCCAAGACGAGUCUAAGUUCUUCGAUGACGAUGGUCGUCCUAAGAGAUCUGGGAAUGUUUGGACUACAAGUGCACAUAUCAUUACUACUGUCAUCGGCUCCGGAGUGUUGUCACUAGCAUGGGCCACGGCGCAACUGGGCUGGGUCGUUGGGCCGGUCGUUCUUGUCGGGUUCUCGUUUGUGACUUACUACACAUCUUGUCUGCUCGCCUACUGCUACCGCUCGGGGGACCCUAUCACCGGCAAGCGAAACUAUACCUACAUGGAAGUUGUUCAGAACAAUCUUGGGGGAUGGAAAAAGAAAGUUUGUGGAAGCAUUCAGUAUCUGAAUAUCGUUGGAACGGCAAUUGGAUACACUAUUGCAGCAUCCGUUAGCAUGAUGGCUAUAAAGCGAUCAAGUUGUUUUCAUGAAAAGGGUCAUGAGAAUCCAUGCCAAGUAUCAGGAGCGGCAUACAUGCUCAUGUUUGGUGGCUUACAAAUUUUGCUCUCUCAAAUUCCAGACUUCCAUCAGAUUUCAUGGCUUUCGAUGGUGGCUGCUGUCAUGUCAUUCACUUACUCCACCAUUGGACUUGGCCUCGGAAUCGCUAAAGUUGCCGAGAAUGGAGAAAUCAAGGGAAGUCUAACUGGUGUUAAGAUGGGGAAUAAUAACAAUGUGACAGCAACUCAGAAAACAUGGAGGGCGUUUCAAGCACUUGGUGCCAUUGCUUUUGCGUAUUCCUACUCCCUUGUUCUCAUUGAGAUUCAGGAUACCGUCAAAGCACCGGCUGAGCACAAAACCAUGAAGAAAGCAAGCAUGAUCAGUGUUGCGACCACGACCGCCUUUUAUAUGUUAUGUGGAUCUUUUGGCUAUGCUGCCUUAGGAGACAUGGCACCUGGAAACCUCCUCACUGGUUUUGGUUUCUUUGACCCUUUUUGGCUUGUCGACAUUGCCAACGUCGCCAUCGUGAUCCACCUUGUUGGGGCCUACCAAGUCUUCUGCCAGCCCUUAUUCGCCUUUGUUGAAAGCACUGCCGUCAAGUCCUUCCCUGAGAGCAAAUUCAUCAACAACGAUAUCGAGAUCCCAAUUAUUCCUGUUGGGGAGCAUAAACCCUUGAAGCUAAACAUGUUCCGGUUGGCAUGGAGAAGCGCCUUCGUCUGCCUGACCACACUCAUUGCUAUGUUGAUGCCGUUUUUUAACGAUGUUGUUGGGAUUAUGGGAGCAUUUGGAUUCUGGCCAUUGACCGUCUACUUUCCGAUAGAGAUAUAUAUUGUUCAAAAGAUGAUACCAAGAUGGAGUGCCCGAUGGAUUUUGCUACAAUCACUGAGUGUCGUUUGUCUCCUUAUUUCGCUCUGUGCUGCGACGGGAUCAAUUGCUGGGGUGGUUACUGAUCUCAAGACUUACAAGCCUUUCAAGACAAUGUGA